AUGGGCAGCCUGUGCUCAAACAUUGAAAAGGACGAUGCACCUGGCGAGAAGGAUGGUCAGGCUAGUAGGGACAUCAAUGCGAAGACCAUCACACGACUCUCUUCCAAAAGGCUGCGGAAGCUUCGACAUCAACGCCAUCACGCUCAUCACCAAAGACACCAAGCAGACAUGGACAAGGCCCAGGAAAUGAUUGAAGCUCACGAGGUAGUCAUCGAUAACAUCUUCAAGAUGCGCCGGAAAACUGCCCUCGAUAAGGCCGACGCCAGAAAAAUAGACGGACCUGACGAGUACUUCCACCAAAGAAAGGAAAUCUUGGACCGCGAGAAUACACUAUCUUUUGAUUUUAGCGCAAAGAUGCGGGCAUCAGAGAAGGAGCGGAAAGCCAACGCCAUCAUUCAGAAACUCAAGGUCAAGGACCAUGAGAGCGUGUAUGAACCGGCUGAAAAGAGGCAAGGAUGGGGUGGUCAGAAACAUGCGCGAUUUGCUGCUGACCAUUUCCUAUCCAACGUCGAUCUAAUCAACCAAACGAGUCUAUUCCGAGUUGCCGUCAAGAUGCCAAAGGGAGCACACCUUCAUAUUCAUUUCAACGCCUGCUUACAGCCUCAUGUAUUGCUGGGCAUUGCCGAGACCAUGCCCCGCAUGUUUAUCAAAAGCGAUCUGUCGUUGGCACCGAGCGCGGCAAAGACUAACCUUCACCGUUGUGAGAUCCAGUUUUCCAUCUUGCCGCUCGAAAAGGAAGACGAGGUUAAGGGAAACCUUUUCAAGACCGACUAUCAUCACCGACAAAUGAUGAAAUACUCAGAGUUUAUCAAAGAGUUCCCCGAGCAUUAUAACGGCAUGAAGGCCGAGGAGUGGCUAACGAGCAAACUUGUCUUUCACGAAGAUGAGGCACAUAACGCGCUUCAAACAGUUCAGGGAGCAUGGGAGAAGUUCAACGGCCGGACCCGCAUGAUGAAGGGGCUCUUCAACUAUGAGAGUGCCUACCGGAAAUACACACGGGGCAUUCUUGAAGAUUUCGUCCGCGACAACAUUCAGUAUGCCGAGAUUCGGCCUAAUUUCAUGCAGACAAAUCAACUCUGGACUGAUGACGGUACGAGGCAAAUCGACAAUAGGGGUAUCAUGAAAAUCAUCAUAGAAGAAUACGACAACUUUCAGAAGGAGACCAAAGACUACUUUGGCGGGCUGAAGGUCAUCUACUGCACUCCUAGGUCUUUUACCACGGAACUGGUUGCAUUUGCGCUCGACGAGUGUUUCGAAUUCAAGAGGGAAUGGCCCCAGUGGAUAGCUGGAUUUGAUCUGGUUGGCGAAGAAUCGCAAGGUCAUCCUCUGCGACAUUUCGUUACAGAAUUUCUCGCCUUCCGGAAGAGAUGUGAGGAAUCUCAGCCUAAAGUUGACAUUCCGUUUCUCUUUCAUUGCGGAGAGACGACAGACAUUGGCAACGACACGGACGGCAAUCUUGUGGAUGCGCUCUUGCUCAACUCAAAGCGCAUCGGCCACGGAUUUGCUCUGGCCAGGCACCCCUAUAUCAUGGAGCACAUGAAGAAAAGUGGUAUCUGCCUUGAGGUGUGCCCAAUCUCCAACGAGGAGCUUGGUCUCACACCCCGGAUUACGGGCCACUCAAUGUACAACUUGCUCGCCAACAACGUACACUGCACUUUAAACUCAGAUAACGGAACAAUAUUCAGAUCAACUCUUUCACAUGAUUUCUAUCAAGCGAUGGUGGGUAAGACGGACAUGACUUUGCACGGCUGGCGACAGCUCAUUGAGUGGAGUCUAGAGCACUCUUGCAUGUCAAAAGAUGAGCUCGCGAGUGUGCGGAAGGAAUGGGAGAAGCGUUGGGAGCUAUUCUUGGAAUGGAUUCUUGAAGAGUUCAGGGAUUUGUCGUUAGAGAUUCCAGAGUAG